CGGCAGCAUUUCCACAAUAGCUCAUGAGGUUAUUGAAACUUGUAAUAUUCUAAUGAGGCAGCUAUUCUAAUCCUCAAUUCGCAUGACACGGCUGUCCUCCAGCAGAACCAUAUUCGCCUCCUGUUAGCAAUCAACAACGAAGCCAAGGUGCGAAGAUCAACCAAACCGGUGGUUCUAGAAACGGCGAAGGGAUCGGCGAGGGUUAUGAGCUAUGCAGAGCUUGAAGAAGCCCGAGCAAAGCGUGCUGAGCAAGACGCUGCGAAGGAAGCUAAAGGCAAGGGAAAACGUGGUCGAAAGCGUAAGAACCCGGCGACACCGGAGGCAGUAGAAGACAACACGAAUAAGGUUAAACGUAGUCGAAAACGCAGGAGUACUGCAACAGAGACCGAGGCAUUUUCAGAGCCCAAGAAGAUUGCGCAGGACAAGAAUGUGCAGGAUAGAAAUGCGCAGGAUGAAGAUGCGCAGGACAAAAACGUGCCGGAUGCAUCCGAACCGUGGGCAAUCCCAGUAGCGAAGAUGUGGUAGCAGAGGGUGUGAAUGUUUUAAAGCAGGAUAGACGGUCAUUUAGUAUAAAAUAGGUCUUUAGGUAAUGACUAGAAGCUAC